UCAUCCGUAUGUAGUCGGAUCCAAAUCCGAGCGUAGAUUUUGCCAGAAGUCGCGCGACAUGGCAGGAGAGGUGAUCGUCGACGCGCUGCCUUACAUUGAUCAAGGCUAUGACGAACCUGGAAUUCGCGAAGCCGUCAUGGCUAUGGUCGAAGAAGAGACGAGGCGAUACAGACCCACAAAGAAUUACCUGGAACAUUUGCCCCAGCUGUCGCUGCAUCAGUUUGAGAGCGAAAUCAUGAAGACCGAAUUCGAACGCCUUCAGUCGAGGUUGCCCAUGGAAAUGAUGAGCAUGAAACGAUACGAGCUUCCGCAGCCGCCUGCUGGCAAAACGACGGACGUCGCGUCCUGGUCGGAGUGCGUUGACAACUCAUCGGCGCAGUUGGAACAUCAAGCUACCCGUAUUGCCAACUUGGAACUGAUGGCUCAAUAUGGUGCCGAGGCCUGGAAGGGCUACAAUGCUGUUCUCGUUCGCAUGCUCCACCAACUGCAGCGGCAACUCCAAGAAUUGAGGAAAGAGAUUCAGGAGGUGAACUGGCAGCGAAAAACAACUCAGACAGAGGCGGGUGAAAAGCUGAAGCACCUUGAAACAAGCUGGGUCAGCCUGGUGAGUAAAAAUUUUGAAAUUGAACGAGCUUGUGUGGAGCUGGAAAAAGAGAUAGCAGCCCUGGAAGCUGACUAUGACUUGAAGAAAAAAGCACUUCAGAGCCAGCAAGCAGCAGGACAGAGUGAGCCUUCCGACAAAAGCCAGAACAAAGAACAGGCAGAGGAGAAGGAGGAAAAGAUGGACACUGCAGCUGAACAGCCGGAACCCUCCGAAGCAGCUCCAUCUGAUGCAACAGGAGUCGACUGAUUUCAUACUGUUGAGUUCGUGCAUUAAUCUGUGUAAUAAACACCAUCAUUCACCUUGGA